AUGGCGACCCUUCAGACUGUGAGGAGGUGGAUCAUGACGGGUGCUGUCGCCGCUAUUACAAUUACUGGAACUAUCUACGGUGCAGGAUUGAAGGGACGGCAGGAUGUCAAACAGCAAAAACGACAAAUUCUUGAAGCCACCCCGGAGGAACGAAUUGCACAGCUCGAAGUCGCGCGAGCCGAAUUAGUACUCAAGAAAAACGAGAUGGAAAGGAAGAUGGGCCAAAUUGCUGAGCGCCGGAGGGCAAAAGAGGAGGCGCUGAAGAACGAGAAAUGA